AUGCCUCAGGCCUGGCGCCCUCCCCCGCCCGGGGCUCAGCCUCUCACCUGCCGCCGCCGCCGCCGCCGCUCCACGCUCCUCCCGGGAGGGGCCCCGACCCGACCCGGCUGCGGACCGCUCUGCACUCCCCCUGGGCAGGCCCGGGGCGGAGCCGGGGCCUCUCCUGAGCGCCGCAACCCCCCGCCCGGGCAGCCGCCGCCGGCGCCGGGCUCCACGAGAGGGCGGGCGGGGGAGGGGGGCCUCGGAGGCCGCAGAUCCCCGGGCUCGCGUACAGAGCCAGGCGCCCGACGCGGGCCCGGGCCCGGGAGGCCGCGGGGGGCGCGGGACCGGCCUCCUGGCGCCGGACAAAGGCCAAGGGAGGCGCAGAAGAGCCCAGGCCCGGUCGGGAGGUGGGGGCCCGCUCGACUAGGGGCCACUCGGGUGCGGCGUGGAGGGCGGGGGGGUCGGAACCGCUGGUGCCCAAGACCCGCCUCCGGCCCCUUAAUCCGGAUCGGUUCGGUCCGGAUUAGUAGUGAUCGGUGUAAACACACUAGUGAAACCGCGUGUUUCCUCGCGAGAUUUGCACGGCUGGGAGGCGGGGGGGUCCUGGGGGGGUGGGGGAAGCGCCGACAGUGGGGGAGGAGGGGGAGGGGAAGAGGAAGGUGGGGGGGGUCCCCGCUGCCCCGGCGCCCCGCCUCCUCCAAUCAGCGGCCGGGUUGGCGGGCAGGGGUUAACCAGGGGACCCCGCGCCGGCAGAGGAGGCCGCUGCCUCGCCGGGCGGCUGAGGGCGGGCAGGCAAGCGCUCCAGCCAGAGUGGCUGCGACGCGAGGGGAGUCGGACCGGCCCGGGCCGGAGUCCCAGAGCCCCCGCCGCCGUUUUCGUAAGGUCGGCCCCCGCCCCGCGGAACUGGCCCCAGUCGAGGCGGGUGGGCCGGCACCCUGGGUCGCGGACCGGCGUGGGAGGGCCCUCGCCGCCUGAGCUGGUUGCUUCCCCGACCCGCCUCCCAGAGCCCGGCGUCCGCCUAAUCCCUGGUCUCCACGAGUUUGGGUGAGAAGCGGGGUUGCUCUGCCCAGGAUGGAUUUUAGAGGAAGAAAGCCCAUGAGCCAGCAAACCCCGCCCGAACUUCCCCGGAGACGCCCAGUUAGUGAGUUGGCUGUGCCCACCGGUGUUGCCUAGCUCCCACGCCCCGCCGCUCUCCAACCCCACAGUCCUGCUCCCCAAACCCACAUAUGCCGCCAUCGACAGCGGACAGCGUUUCCCCUCCACGUACCUGGUUGGCUGGACGUCUCCAGGGACUAGAGGUGCCCUGGGAUCAAGGCUGAGCCCCCACCCCCACCAGGAUGCGGCCCUGCGGAAGGGGGGGCGCUGCCCCAAAGGGACUCUCUCCGUACGCCCUGGGGGAGGUUCCAUUUCAACCUCUGAUUAAAAACAAGGCCCUCCUGGGUACUAAGGGGCUCUAAGGGGAAGUGCUAGGUUGGAGAAAACAGGCCUGCCCCUCACAGUGUCUUCUGAGGAAUGGGCAGUGUGAAAGGGCGCAGGAGCUGCGGCAGCCAGAAGGCUUUCUGCACUGGAAAAGGCUCCCACUCUGAUCACCCAGCACUAGAGGAAAGAAAUCACAUUCACCGAUUGUAUAUGAGCCGGGACACUGACUUCAAGGCAAAUACCCAACUUUUUAUUCUCCUCUGAUGCUUCCUUAAUCUGAAGAUGAGUUAAGGACUACAAGCGAAUCACAAGCGGAAAAUUCAGAUAAUGAACAAGAGCCUUGAACUUUUCUGGGGGGUAGGCAAGUACUUCAAGUGAAGUACCUGUUUCUGCCUUUUUUUCUUCCUUAUUCUUAAUUCUGUCCAUUCUGUGUUAAUGGAACACAGACCUACUGAAAGGGCAAAGGAUGGCAGUUUAUUUUUUGUUAGUUGUCCAGCCUUCCAAGCCCUUGGGCAAAUUCAAGGACUAUGGAAACACCACUCAACCAAGAGUCACCUUGCUUCAAAUCCCACGGCCAGGUUGGGCCGUGCACACACAUAUUUCCAAAGAUAACAGUGUUUGCAAGGGAGGGGGAGUGCAAGCUCCAGGCAGAGGGAAGGAGGAGGACAGCCUGGUGGACAACUAUCGAGAGCAGGAGAACCAAGAAGUAGAGAGUGCACCUUCCCUUACCCUUGCUUACACAAAAAGAAAAGCAAGUGAGGCAAGUUCUGCCCUAUGGUGAGUGAUGAAGAAAGUAACUCCUUUGUAAAGUAAAAUGACACUGGAAUGUUUCAAAUGAGGAGAGAAGAGUUUAAGAGAACACUGGACAGAGUCAGAGCAGAGUUCCAGCCCAGCUUCUCCUCAGACAAGCUACUUGGUCCCGUUACCUACACUUUUCAAGCUUCACCAACCUCAUCUAUGAAGGAGUUUGGACUAGAGGAUUUGAAACUCCUUUGUGGGUCUAAAAGGCUAUGAUUCCACCUCCCACCCCCCAUUUUUUGAAAUAACUUUAAAAAAUAAAUCAUUGGAAUACAGGAAAAGAUGA